UGGUGGUGGGGGGGGGGGAAACAUGGCGGAACAAAGGGCAGCCAAGAAUAUGAUACUGGGUUUCAGGGUAUCUGAGCUCCAGGUGCUCUUGGGGUUUGCAGGACGCAAUAAAAGUGGGCUAAAACAUGAAUUGGUCUCGAGGGCAUUGCAACUGGUAAGGACCAACUGGACACCGGAGGUUUUUGAGAAGAUCCAGGAGUUGCAUGUUAUUCGCCACAGUUCAAGGACCAUGAAUACAUCCUAUCAUCAGGUUGUGACUGCUCCAACAUUUCCUUUACAUUCUUCAGAAGCAGCCUUGAAUGCCAGAACAUCAGUUACAAUUUGUCAUACAGGAAAAGAUGAUGCAAAAUCCAGACUGAGACUAACAAAUCUGCCUUUCUACGAGAUAUUAGAUGAAGUGAUGAAGCCUACUAAUCUAGUCCCAAGCAACAAUGAGAGGAUUCAAGAGAAUCAGUUCGGUUUUACAUUAACUGAAAAACAUAGGCAACAGAUUAUCUGUGGAUUUUCAAAGUCUGGUGGGCAGGCAGUUCAAGUACAGUUAAGGAUUUGCCACACGGAUACCGAAUUUAUACAAGAAGAUCAAUAUCCUCCCUACCUGACAGUCUUAGCAAAUUCAAGAUUGUGUCCUUUUACGAGUUAUUUUUCAUCGAAUAAGCCUAGCCUAGAACCAAAAAGGCCGUGUCGACCCAUCAACGUUACGGCACUGCUCAACUUGACGUCAGAUGCAACCAACUACUUAACUGUCUUUUGGGGAAACUUUGCCAAGGAAGCGGUGAUGAGGUCACUUUGCCAGGGAAAACUUGCAAAGAGCAGGAAAUUACAUCAACAUCAUCCUGACAUCCCAGAAAGGUACUCUGUGGUAUUGUACCUGGUGAGGCAGCAGACAACAGCAGAAUUAAUACACAAGCUUCAAGUAAAUGAAACAAGAUCUUCUGAAGUUUCCGGAGAAUUAAUUCGAAAAAAGCUUCGACUGGAGCCUGAAAAUGACAUUACCACCACUGGCCUCCGGGUUUCUCUGAUGUGUAGUCUGGGCAAGAUGCGCCUUUCAGUGCCCUGUCGAGGUAUUACAUGCACACAUUUACAAUGCUUUGAUGCAGCCCUCUACAUUCAAAUGAAUGAGAAAAAGCCUACAUGGAUGUGCCCUGUGUGUGACAAGCCUGCUCCUUAUGAACUGUUAUUUGUAGACCAACUAUUCUUAGAUAUUCUGGAGAAAUGUCAAGAUUCCACUGAAGUUCAAUUCAAGGAUGACGGAAGUUGGUCUUCAACGAAACCUGAAAAACAACUACAGAGGAAUUGUAGCCUCAAAUAUUCAAUAGUGGAAUUAGAAGAUUCUGACAGUAUAUUGCCUAAUCCUGUGAACUACAAGGGUGAUGUGGACAUUAUUGACCUGACUGUCGACUGUUGAUCAGGUGAAGAUAGACUACCCCAAAAAGAAUAUUACUGUGAAUGCUGGAGAGAGUUUACUAAGAAUGCAGGACAUAUUGCGCUUGUCGAAGACCUGCUGAAAGAAGUCUACCUCUGUGGUUGCAGACUUUAGUUCCUUGGAGCCCCUCCAGCCACAUCUACCUCCUAAAACCAUUGGUACAAUGGAGAACAUGAUCUCUUCAGAGAAGCAGCACUCCUACUAAGGGAAUGCUCCUAGAAACUGAUGUGAAGGACUAAUGUGUAGUUUGGGAACCUAUCCGGAGAACUGUGGCAAUGUAUUACAGAUCAGUGGCUCCUCAGCAACUGGUCAUGUUCUGCAAACCUAGUAAUUGACAGGCGAAUGUGUAAGAAUUCAGAUUAUUGAAGGGUUUCGCCAUUACUACAUUCUACGAAUUUAAAAAUGUCAAAUGAUUAAUUGCUUUGUUCUAGUCUCCAGGUUCCUUUUUGGAACUGCAUCUUUGUUGAUGUGUUAGAGGAUUCUUGCCAUCAUGCCUCAUUUUUUUUUAAAAAGGCCAACUUCAUCUGACCUUUUUUUUUCUUCAAUUAAUUUAUUUUUUUUAAAAAAACUUUCAACAGUGAUAUAAAAGUAUUUCUCUUCUGCUUCUCUUUUGAAAGCACUAACUUGGAUUCCUCAAGACCCGGGCACAUUAUCACAAAUCGCUGUUCACCGUGUGUGAUGCUGGAUAGUGAUUCCCCAUAAUUAUAAUAAUAAUAAUUGCCAGAAGCCUGUGUGAUCACUGAGGGCUUCAUGGCUGACUCAGAUAAGUUACUGCCCAUCCACUUUCGAGCAGGCUUCAUUUUAUACUCGCACGGGGAACUUACUGAUUUUUGCUUUUUUCACAUUACCCAGCCCAACAGCACUAAGGUCAAUUGUGGGACUCCAACUGCUGCUUUUGCUAAUGAGGCUCAGUCAGUCAGAGAAUCAAAACUGUGUGGUCUGUGUGCCUUUGUGCCUUUACCCUCAGUCCCAUUAGGAUAGUCUUUGUCUGAUUCUUCAAUCCUCUCAGCGAUGUCAGCACUCACUGUUGAAAUACUGAGAAAGUUAGAGGCAAGAAGAAAGGUGUUGGUCAUAAUUCUCUGAUGUCCUUUUCUAAAAAUGUGUAGUGAUGGAACAACAUGUUAUUUAAGGGUGUUCAACCAUCCAAUGACUUGCAUAUGCAAUUACUCACAUAUGCUAAGGCUUUGGAGCAGUAGGAGCAAAUGUUAAGGCACUUAAUAUGCUGUGCUCUGGUGUGAGAGGAGUCAGAUCCUUGCACUUAUAAACCUCUCAGCCAAGGUUUCGAGCAUAUAACCUCUCCUUCCCUCUGUCAGGGAAUGGUAUGGAGGAAUUUGCUAAAGCAAAGAAACUGAAGAAUAUAAGAUUAGGAAAAGCCAUUUAAUUCUAAUUGUCAUAAGAUUUUUUUUCUUUCUUCUUUCUAUUUCUACAUAGAAUCUACUAGCAACUGUAGUUCGGCCAUAUUUAUUUUUACCAUUAUAGGAUUCCUCCCUCUCAUCUCUUUUCCUCCGUAUAUCCACCCUGUUUUCGGUCAGGAUAAGACAGGCCAACAUUUGGCUUCUGAUUUAUUCCUUGGGCCAUCUGCUGGGUGAAGCACUUAAGUUAUGCAGGAAGGGUCAGCUCCUUCUGAUCAAUGUCUUUCUUUUUGCCAAAAGACUAGAAACUUUGAUUUGGUGGAAGCCAAGUGCAAAUGUCAGCACUGCGAUAAACUAGUUUGAGCCGGUGUCAUAGCUCCUGGGACGUCAUCGAUUCAUUAGAUUUUUUCCUUCUGUUAAUGUUGUACAGAGACGCCCAUUGUUUUUUAAGGCUCGUCUUUAAAUAUUUCUUUUGGUCAUAAUGUUGCAAUUCAAUAUUUCAAAUUUUGAAAACCAAAUGAUUGUUCAAGCAGGCAAAGCAGAUGUGCAGCAUGUUUGUCUUUGAAUGAAUCCUGCGGUUUGUAAUUUAACGUGGUUUGAAAGGGGAGGUGUAGCUUUUAAUAAUUUUAGGUUCAGUUAUCUCGUGCUGCAUGGUCUGCUCUGCGUUGCAUUAAAUUUAAAUUAUAGCUUUCUGAACAUUCAUCUGAAAGGAACAGCAAAAGUUCGUACCAAAUUGUGUUUUCGUACCAAAUGGUGCUGUUGCUUCAGAAUCUUACUCUUGUCACUUCCCCUAUAAUCCUUUGACCUGAUUUAUUGAAAUGGUAAUAUUGACAACCAAAUUUACUUUGCAAUUGCAUUGUAUUUGCACCAUGUUUCAGCCCCAGUAUUUCUGUUCAUCCUGUUGCCCGAGAUCAAAGGAGAGAUUUGGAUCGGUAACAUUGAUCGUUGUAAUUGGAGAAAAAGAUCACUAGAUGGAAUUUUGCAUUAAAUAAAUCUUGUAAAGCGUGAAGGUGUUUGAGUGUUGAAACAAAGCAGCUAAUCAAAGUAAUUCAGAUUUCUAAGCAAAUUCCUUACCCAUUGUUUUUAAAAAUUUGCCCAUCCAUGAUUUACAAAAGGCCUUUCAGACAUUUCUUUAAACUAUAAACGUUGAUGCAGCAGACUGCUGUUGAACUUACAAUACAACAACACAUGGACAUUUUGCAUAGAAAAUCCCUGCUAAGCAAUGAAGCUUUUGUUUUUUUUAAAUCCAGAAAUGUAAAAUUCCAGAAGGGUUUUUUAGCAGUAACUUUUGCACACUUUUUCAAAAGGAGUAAAAAUGUGUUUAUUGCACAGAAUGUUUUUUUAAAAAAAGUGAAAAACAAUAUUCAGAUCUGUGGUUCAAACCUUUCAGACUAACGGCAUAUGUUCUAUACAUAACCUUACCAUUUAGCAUCUACUGGUGAGGUAAUUAUCAGAUGUCUGGAAAGACUACUGGGAUUGAUUUUUAAUAAAUAUAAUGCACUUUUUAGUAGAUAUAAAAAAAUUACAACCUAUUCAUCAACCAAUAAUUUUAUUCUCUUCAAGCAUACAUUUUCUGGCAUCUUUAAUGCCUUGACGUUUACAAAGCCUAGAACUCUACAUACCUCGAAUGCAAAAUCAAGAAUAGACAUUGGGUUUUACCUUAAAAUUGCCAUUGUUUAAGCUCGCUUCAAUACAAUGGGUUUAAAAUUGAUGAGCACAAGGUCAUUGUUUAAGAUAGACAGUGUACUAUUUUGUCGAAAGAAUGGCAUCAUGUUGAGCCUGUUUCCCUUAUAUGUCCAAUAUAUUGCUUGAGCAUUUUUGAAUGUAGACAAGUGCCGGAUUUCUAAAUAAAAACAUCUUGUUUUCGUUUUCUCACAAAUUGGUUCCCAGGGUCAGACUUCGCUGAACAACUCAUUUCCGAAAGUACGUUCAGCAUUAACAAAAUGAUCAUCUGUAC